GAAGCCAGUCGCUUUUUUCAGUCCUGGUCGCCGGCUCCGUGUCAUUCUCCAUACUGCUCUCCUCUCCUACCCGCUCUUGCGUCGAUUCUCGCGGCGGGAAGGACGUAAAGCUUAUACCCUAGUGCCACAAUCGCCAGUGUGUCCUAAUAACAGAGAGACACUCGACACUUUGGGCAUCAGUAGCUUAUAUAGGCACUACCUCCCCCCCCCCCACUACGCCGCCGGUCGUAGUACCUUCCCCCCUCCCGUAUGCCGCUGUUCUCCCGGUCCUCGGAGCGCAAGCCACGGAAGACGCACCGCUUCUCGCUGCGCAAGCACCACCGCCACUCGGACGCCGACGCGGAUUCGGUUGCCAGUCUCAGCAGCAGCCACAGCAACCACUCGGACAGGAAACCGCGACGUCAGACGCAACCAACCACACGCGAGGCGGAGCAGACGAUCGUCGUGCCUCGCACAGCGUCCAACGCGCUCAACAUCAAGGCUCCUCCGUCCGCCCUCUCGUCUUCUGUUCGAUCCUCAGCCUCCACGCUGCGUAGCACCAGCCCCACACUGAACGAAAACUUGUCGGGCGGAGAGAACGACACGGAAAUCUCGGAGAUCUCGGAGGAGUCCGAUAACCGAGACUCGGUCAUUACGCCGCCUCAGAGCCGCGUCCCCAGCAUGCGCAACAGUCGACACAGUGCCAAGUCGUCACGCAAUAACCGCAACAGCCUCGCCGAGUACCGUCAGCUGCAAUGCUCCAUGUCUUACAAGAACCGCGUCAACAGCGACGCAUACCGAGGCACCAGCACCACGUCCGGUCUCAGCGAGUCACGUAUGAGCGAUCGUAUGAGCGACAUGCGGACGUCCCUAGUGGAGGGAUUCCGCGCCACCAACUCGUCGGUACGCUCGUCCGACGGCCACAGCCUGCUUAACGCACGGAUUUCCGAAUCGUCCACGACGAUUACAUCAACUAUCCCCCCUACUCCAGUAUCUGCAGCCCCCGUUUCUAUUCCUUCCCCACCGUCUCGGAUCUCUGAAGUCUCUCCUUCUUCUGGUACCUCUCGGAUGACUGAGGCCAAUGUAGCUGCUCUACAGACACGUCGUGCAUUCCAGCAAAUGGUUUUGGCUAUGGAAGAUGAGGAUUCAGGCGACGAGUACGACUCCGACAGCGACGUAUGGCGAACCAGCAGUGCUGAGAGCUCAGCCGCCAGUUCUGGCGUUGUACGACUCGGUGCUGACGAGUACAGGAAGUUCCAGUUCCGUCUUCGUCAGCUUGAGGAGCUGACAGCAGAGCAGUCUAGGAAACAGGCAGAUAUGGAGCAAACCAUUGAACAGGAGGUACAGAACAGGACACAGAAGGUUAUUGAGGCCAUGGAGAAGCAGAUCAGCAUGUACAAACAGGCCAAGGAGCUCGAAUGCGAGCGUGAGGUGCAGCGGAGAGUGUCGGAACAUAUCGAGAACCCGCGAUUAAGUCGUAGUGCUAGUCGCGCCAGCAUGACACGCAGAUCUUCGGCCUACGGUUUACAUACGAGCAGCAGUUCCAGCAGCUUCCGAGACAGCUACAACAUCUCGAGCAGCAUCAAAGAAGAGGGACAUUCGCUCGAGAAGCUGCUGCAUCCUCGACGAUCGCGUAAACGUCUGGAGCAGAUGAAGGAGCGUGAAGAAGCCCAGAAGCGAGAGAUGGAGCAGUUCCGGGAGUUCAUUCGCAACACCGAGAUGCGCGUCACACAGACACACGGCGUGGACGGCGUCAUGUCGGCGACACAGCUCGAGAAGGCCAGGAACAAACUGGAGGACCUGAGCGACCCUCUUCUGCCAGAGUCUUUGCUGCAAUCGCCCCCUUCAGACCUGAUUGAGUUGGUCUGUGUAUUGCGCAAGAACGGACGGGAACAGGAGAAGCAAAUAGAGGAGGCCAAGAGUCUCGUGACCGCCGCGAUCGAAGCGCGCGAAGACGCCGAGGCCACGGCACGUGAAGCCAUGGAGCUCACGCUCCUGCUGGACGCGAGAUUAGAGCAGCAGUCGCGCAAGUUUUCGGCUGCUGACGAGCUCCGACAAUCGCGGGGAACCAGUGUGGGCACGCCGGCGUCGUCGUCGGUGAUGGAGUAACUCACAGUUUUGAUGUUCGUGCGUUCUAAAGCGUCGGAGGCUCGUAGAGAGCGACACUAGCAACCACGCCAGUGUACUAUAAUCCAAUUCUCAUAUAAAAAUGUGCCAACGAAAAUUUGCCCCUAUAU